AAUCAUGAAAAAUGAACGCCACUGGCUACAUCUGUUAACUAUCAUCUGUUGAGCUGAUUUUUGAACUGCUGCAGUCUGCAAGGUGCAGGGACAGCCACAGUGGGUUCGGAGAUGCAUUCCAGGGUUUUGACCGAGAGCCAGUGAAGGAAUGGCAUUGGAGUUCCUAGUCAGGAUGUUGUGACUUGAAGGGAAACCUUUAGAUAGUGAGGGUGUUUCCAGGUAUCUCCUCUUGUCCCCUGAGGUAAUAGAGAUCAUAGGCUUGGGAGAUAUGUUACUCCUCAUUGGGGAGUGUGUUGGAAAUCAAAUCCUACUAUUUCUGGAGUCAGCAUAAAACUUAAAAGAUUUUAGAAAAAUACACUAAAUUCCCAAUUUACUUGCCUUUUGAACCCAGGGCAACAGAAAGCAUCAACCAGGUUUCUGUACUUAAUGAAAGUUGUUAUUUAUUAUAAAUAAAGACAUUCUGGCUCCAGGUAAACGGCUAUGAACCAUUGGCAUGUAACUCUAGUGGUUAAAGCUCUUCCUAUACACACGUACAGACAGAAAAAAAAUCAUUGGUGUUCUGGAUAGAGGGAAAGACUGGGAAGGCAGUUUAGUGGACCUUGUCCCCACGACUGAGGUGAUCCCUUUGGCUUGUCAGGACAUUACUUCUUGAGCUGCCAUUUCCAGAUAUUUUCACUCACUUGCAAGAGGCGGCACAAACUGGUUCAGACCUUAGAAAGUCUGAGUUUAUCAGUAAAGUGUUGGAAGUUGUCAUCAGCAGUGCUAUCAAGUAACACCUGCUCAGUGAUGUCCGGUUUGGGUUCUACCAGGGCCACUCAGCUCCUGAUCUCAUUACAGCCUUGGUUCAAACAUAGACAGAAGAGCUGAAUUCCAGAGGCGAGUGUGACAGCCCUUGACAUGAAUGUCGCAUUUGACCGAGUGUGACACCAAGAAGACCUAACAAAUCCAUGGGAGUCAAGAGCAAACUCGCCGCUAGUUGGAGUCAUACCUGGCACAUAGGAAGAUGGUUGCGGUUGUUGAAGGACGUUUAUCCACACGGAGGUUAAAGAUGGAGUCCCUUCGAAGUUGGCGGACUCUCUGAGAUGGUCGGUGGGAGCACGCAACUGGAUGCACUGGCGAAUGCGCGACGACCCGAGCCUCCCCGCUUCCAGCACUGUCCGCCUGACCAGCCCACCCACUUCCGCCCAUUCCGCAACCGAGAGCAAGAGAUUGUGAACCGGACCCUCCGCUUCCUGGACGAGAGUGGAUUUUAUUGGGGCCCGCUUACCGUGGCUCAGGCUCAUGCCAUGCUGACAAUGGAACCAGUGGGCACUUUCCUCGUUCGGGACAGCUCUCGGGCCAACCACUUAUUCAGCCUGAGCGUCCGUGCUGAGAAUGGACCGGUCAGCAUGCGGAUCUUGUUUGAGAAGGAACACUUCUGGUUCAACGGUGCCAGCUUUGACUGUAUUCUGAAACUCCUGGAGUACUGUGUGGACAGCACCCAGAUAAAGCCCUUCAGGUUUGACUGCGGGGUCUCGGUGGUCUUUUCCAAACCCUUACGGAAAAACCCCAUCCCGAAUCUAAAGCAGUUGUGCAGGAAGAACAUAAUCGGCCAUUUUGGCAUUGAAAGCGUGCGGAAACUUCCCUUAGUGCCCCGGCUCCAGGAGUACAUGGAGGAAUUUCCGUUCAAACUGUAACCGAGGAAUCGCUGAAGUUUUCUGUUUGGUUUCGUGAAGUCCAGGUUUGGAAUUGAUCACUGGUGGCAAUUGAGAGUUUUGGGGGAAGGAGUGCAUUCACGUGCAGCAAGGAGCACAGGGCCUCCUGAGGAUACCACAAACGCCCUUCCGGUUCCUGUGUUCCCUCUGCCCUGGCGAUGUGACCCAGACGUAGGCUGGGCUGUCGAAGGCGUGUCGUUGACUAGUGGAUGUAUACGGGCACUGUGCAGUCCAGGAAGGGCCCAUGCCCAGAGCCAAGCAAGCUCACCAGCACUUACUGCCUGAGCACGGAGGCUGGGAAAAGACAGAUAUUUUUCAGUCAACCAUUUCUGAAGGAUGUGUAGACAUCAUUUUCAUUCUUUCAAAGAAGACUGUGUGUUUGGUUCCAUUUGAAGCCAGCAGGGAGGAUUAUUUAGUUGUGCAAAAGCAUUACAGUCUGCAGAAUGAAUUAUUUUUGUCAGAUUUUUUUAUUUUAUAUAUUCAUAUCUAUAUUUUAAUAUGUAACUAUAAAAAAAAUUGAACUGGUUGGAAUGUGGUACAGAAGGAGAUACUGUUCAGAACUGAGUUGGUAAAGCCCCACUGAUCUUGUAGAUAUUUUCCUAUCAGCCUGUUCUUAGAUGUCAUGACACAGCUCUGGGGCAGGUGGAAUUUGAGCCCUGGCCUCCUGGCUUAGAGGUAGGGACACUACUACUGCACCACACAAGAGUCCCCAAUUCCAUCAGCUACUGUGUUGGGAUUUGAAACCAUGCCUCCAGGGUAUCAGUGUGAGAUUUAGAAUUGUUUGACUGGUGAUGCCACCACUACUGUACUGUUGCCUGACCCAUUCCCCCAUUAGGGCACCACAGUGGCUCAUAUGUGCUUCAUCGUGCCAGGGACCCAAGUUUGAUUCCACCUUCGGGCGACUGUGCAAAUUCCACACAGACAUUCUCCCUCUAUCUGCGUGGGUUUCCUCUGACGGCUCCGGUUACCUCCCACAGUCCAAAGAUUUGCAGUUUAGGUGGAUUGGCCUUGCGCAUAGUGUCCAGGGAUGUGCAAGCUAGGUUGAUAAGCCAUGGGAAACUUGAUUAGGGGCAUGGGUCGGUGUGGGAUACUCUGUGGAGGGUUGGUGUGGACUCGAUGGACCAAACAGCCUGCUUCAACACUGUAUUGAUCUUGUAUUAUGAGUGUUGCAGGCAUCUUUCAGGGAGCAGGGAGGCCAAACUAUGUCAGGGGUGAAUUGGGUCAGCUUCUGAUAGGCUGCCCUUGGCUAAAAAUCCCACCCGCACUCACUACCCAAUCUGUUACACAAAGAAGGGUGGCCUGGAUAAGCAAGGUAACUCCCCUCUUGCCUUGUCUUGCUAUCCCAAUACCUAUGGAAAAACCUCUUAGCAUAAAUCUGCAUUUUUUGACAAUGGGAAAGCAAGAACCGACACAAACGUAAAUAUCAUUUGAUAAAUGAAUCUGUCGUUCAGAAAGAAUCACCCAAUGAUCUCUUGAUUGUUCUGGUGAAAGUAUCUAAAUCUGCUCAGGUCACCAUGCAGUUCAGUGGACCAUCCCUUUGAUUGGAUUUCAGGCCGAAACUCGCUCUGUGAUCGCUGUUAUUUGUCAGUACGGAACCAUUGAUCGAUGCCACCUUGUUACUCUAUGGUUCCAUACUUGUGGUUUGUUUAUUCAAGUUUGUCAAACAGCUUAGACUUUUCACAAUGAAGCUGACCUUGUUCCACCAUCUUGAUCCUGAGUGUAUAUCAAAUCCCGCUUAGAAUUUAAACAGAAGAUUAAUCCUAACCUUUGCUGUCUCCAGUUAAUAUGGUGAGCUCACUUGUAGCCAAUCAGCUUUUUGGUACUCAAAUUUUUAUUUGAAAAGUAUUUCUUAAUAAAGAAAGGAAAUAGUUUUAUGAAACAAAAUGUUUCUUAUUGAUUUAUUGUGAGUGUUGAGGUUAAUAAUGGGGGUGCUAGUUCCAAUUGCAGUGAAUAAUGACAGCUAGUUAGCUUCUGAUGGUCUAGAUCAUGUGAUGCUCUGGGAGCCUAUCAUUUGGGACUCAUAUGAUCAAUGGAUGACUUGACUGAUGUCCCAUGGAUGUUAGAGUUGCCCCUUUAACCCAGUUCUGAAUGCAGAUAGGAGGAAAAGUUAGGUUUGGUGUCCAAUAUCUACUGGGUGAGAGGAACUUGUCACUUCCACAUUGGUUCAAUUCAACCCCAAUCAGACCUCUCUUAGAUAAAGAAAAUCAAGUCAUUUCUACACUUUGCACUCCCGGGACAGACUGUUGAAAAACUGCCUUGCUCCUGAGUAGGUGACAAAACUGAGAGAGAAUGAUUGGUAUCUAUUGGGUUAUGGGGUAGCCUCCAGGCAAUCAGGUAUGAUUGACAGACAAUGGCUUUGCCAGAGAGGCUCACGUUCCACCAAAGAAUAAAAGAAUAGCUUGAGAGUUCUCUCCGACGUGUGCUUUGAUACUGUAGAAAAUUCAUAUUGUAGUCUCAAGGCAUUGCUGUUUUUGCAACAGGGUUAAGAAUUUGAUGUAUUUGAAAAGGGCAGUGUCUGGCUUACAUAGUGGUUCCUCCUUCCUUUUUGUUUUGUCACUUCUUGUUGUGUUGAAUAUUGAACUUGCACACAUUCAUAACAGAUCAGAUGCAAUUUCAAAAUUCCCUCUAUCGUCCAGUAACUCUGGCCACUGAUGAAUGCUUUCCUGAAGAUUUCGUUCUCCAUGUUCAGCAACCAUGUGCUCUUUCUGAAUCAAUAUGCAUCAAGAAAAACUGCACUCAACUUUGCUCCCAAGUGUCAUCAGUCAGUGAGCAUCAGACUCCAUGAUGCUUGGGCGCCAUAAUGACUAUUGAUGAGCCGUGAGAAAAUAUAUCUAUCUACUCAGUAUCAAUAGGGCUAGAUCUCAGGAUUCUCAUCUCACCAUGCCCCCCUCUGCUUGUCAAAGUUGUCCAAAUUUUCUUGAACAAAUGAGGCCCCAUCCGUUAGUUUUGGUCUAAGCUAGCUUCAAUAAUAUUCGGAGAUGAGAUGUUCAUACUGACCUGGGUACUUUUGAGGAGGUGAAAUUUAGUUAAGAUUAACCCUAUAAGUUAGAUUUUUUUUUUAAUUGGUUCAUGGGAUGUGGGUGAUGCUGACUUGUCCAUCCCUAAUGAGUCAACUGCAUUGUGAUGGGUCUGGAGUCUCCUAUAGGCCAGACCAGGUAAGGACAGCAGAUUCCCCUUGUUGAAGGCAUUAGUGAACCAGACUGAUUUUUACAACACUUGAGAGUGGUACAUGAUGGUUAGCUUUUCAUUCCAAUUUUAUUGAAAUUAAAUUUCACCAUCUGCCAUGUGGGAUUUGAAUCCAUGUCCCCAGAACAUUAGCUGAGGGCUCUGGAUCACUAAUCCAGUGAUGUUACCAUAAUGCAACAUGCCACAAUAGGGAUGUGAGAAAGAAACAGACAGGACAGACAGCAUAGAUCUUAGCUAUUGCCUAGUUUAAACCACUUUCUAGUUCUGAGGAAGGGUCACUCUGAUUUCUCUCCAUAGAUGCUGUUAGACCUGCUGAGCUUAUCUGGCUACUUCUGUUUUUGUAACUUGCCAGUGCAGAUUGACUAUGCUUUUGCAGGAAGGAGAUUAGAGGUAGUAAAAGCGUAGGCCAGGGAUGACAGGAAAGUUUCGCUGUCAUUCAUUGAGUGCACAACCGAGUGGAUGAAUGACCCUAAAAUGGUAAGAAUCUUACAGCGAAGAGGGAGCCCAUUCAGACCAUUGUGUCUGUGUCUGCGUCUGCAAGAGAGCUGGCCACUUAUUCUCAUUCUCCCACCUUUUUUCUCAACUUGUCAAUUUCUUUUAUUCUUCAAGCAUCCACUUUCAAGUAUCCACCUCCACUUUGAAAGCUGUUUUGGGCCCUACUUCCACCAGUAUUGCUGACCAGCAUUUGCAUCUGAACAACCGUAUCCAUUGGAAAGCCAAUUUCCUCCCCCAACCCCAAUUCUUUUGAUGAUGUGGAACUGUACGCUCCACUUCCCAGAACACUUGCACCCAAAUUUUCUGAACAGAUCCUGACUUGAUGCAGGUCAAAACUAUACAUGUUUAUGAAUGGGAGUAACUCUAUUACCUUGCCCCCUUGAUGCCACAUUAGACCUGAACUGUCAUGUUGCACGACAAAUUCCAGAAAAGACACUACGAAUCUCAUGUAAACCAGACACUGCUGUUCAAAAACAGAAUCAAAUAUUUUAACAUGGUGAUUUUGUUUGAUACAUGUUUGUAAUUCAUUACAAAUCAAGUUUCCCUUUGCACCAAGUGCAACUUAGCUGCUCUGUUUUAUUGUAUCAUUUGACACAUGUACAGAAUAUUUAUUUGUGAAUAAAGAUAUUUGUCUUAA